GACUGAAGUUUCCGAGGAGCCUACUCAGGCUGGACUGGACACACCUUUCAAAAGACCCCCAAUUGUGCUCCGUGCACCUCAAAUGCGCCUUUUCCUUGUGUCCAACCCCCUGCCCCUCUCCCUAACAUCCCUCUUCUCAACAAGAGUCAGCUUCUCCCCAGGGAGCUGAGCAUCCUUGAAGUUUCCCACCCUUAACUGCUCCGUCCCCGGAUGGAGCCAGAGAAAUGUGGUGGGGGGGCCGGGGCCAGAGUUUCAACAUUGCCCCCCAGAAGGAGGAGCCAGAGAUGGGGCUUUCCGGACCAAAGUCUGUCCAGGGAAGCAGGAUGCCGGAGCUCAGGAGUCGUCAGCUUAGCAGUUGCUUGGCCUCUGGAUGCCUCCCAGGGGAGCAGAUCCUUGCAUGGGCUACAGGAGUAAGGAAGGGGCUGGAACCUGAAUUGUCUGGAACCCUGAUCUGUACCAACUAUAGGGUCAUCUUCCAGCCCUGUGGAUGGCAGCGGAGUCAGGAGACUCCCCUGAGCAGUGAAUAUGAUUUUGCCCUUGUCAACAUUGGGCGAUUAGAGGCUGUGAGUGGCUUGUCCCGAGUCCAGCUCCUCCGUCCAGGGUCCCUGCUCAAAUUUAUCCCUGAGGAGAUUCUGAUUCAUGGCCGAGACUUUCGGCUGCUCAGAGUUGGUUUUGAGGCUGGAGGACUAGAGCCUCAGGCUUUUCAGGUGACCAUGGCCAUUGUCCAAGCCAGAGCUCAGAGCAGUCAAGCCCAACAAUAUUCGGGGAUAACCCCCAAGGCUGGCCAGGGUUCUGGUUCCAGAAAACCACCUAUUCCUCUCAUGGAGACAUCAGAAGACUGGGAGACUGAGCGGAAGAAGCAGGGAGCCAGAGGCUGGAGGGUCAGCACUGUCAAUGAGAGGUUCGACGUAGCCACCAGCCUUCCUCGUUACUUCUGGGUCCCUAAUCGGAUUCUGGACAGUGAGGUCAGGAGAGCAUUUGGCCAUUUCCAUCAGGGCCGUGGACCGCGCCUGUCCUGGCAUCACCCUGGGGGCAGUGAUCUUCUCCGCUGUGGAGGCUUCUGUACAGCCAGUGACCCUAACAAGGAGGAUAUCAGAGCAGUGGAGGCGAUGCUCCAGGCUGGGCAUUCAGAUGUUGUCCUGGUAGACACCACGGAUGAGUUGCCUAGUCUUGCAGAUGUCCAACUUGCCCACUUGAGGCUGAGGGCCCUCUGCCUGCCUGAUUCAUCUGUAGCUGAGGAUAAAUGGCUUUCAGCCCUGGAAGGAACACGGUGGUUGGACUAUGUCAGGUCUUGUCUCCGAAAGGCCAGUGAUGUAUCAGUAUUAGUAACAUCCAGGGUUCGUUCUGUAGUACUUCAAGAGCGCAGUGAUCGUGAUCUCAAUGGCCUCCUCUCUUCACUCGUCCAGCUGCUUUCUGCCCCCGAAGCCCGAACACUGUUUGGCUUCCAAUCACUAGUGCAGCGAGAGUGGGUGGCAUCUGGACACCCCUUCCUGACCCGGCUUGGGGGAGCUGGGGCCAGUGAAGAGGCCCCAGUGUUUCUCCUCUUCCUUGAUUGCGUAUGGCAGCUCCUCCAGCAGUAUCCAGCUGAGUUUGAAUUCUCUGAGUUUUUUCUUCUUGCUCUUCACGACAGCGUCAGGGUUCCUGAUACCCUUACUUUCCUGAGAGAUACUCCUUGGGAGCGUGGAAAGCAGAGUGGACAGUUUAACUCCUAUACACAAGUUUACACACCAGGGUACUCCCAGCCCCCAGCUGGGAACUCUAUGAACCUGCAGCUGUCCGUCUGGGACUGGGAUUUACGCUACAGCAAUGAACAGAUACUACAAUUCCAUAAUCCUGGCUAUGACCCAGAGCACUGCCCAGAUUCCUGGCUCCCUAGACAGCAGCCAAGCUUCAUGGUUCCUGGACCCCCUAGUUCCAUGUGGCUCUUCUCUAGAGGGGCGCUGACCCCUCUGAAUCAGCUUGGUCCUUGGCGGGACAGUUCCUUCCUGCUGGCAGUCUCUUCUCGUUGGCUCCCUCGACCUGCUAUCUCUUCUGAAAGCCUGGCUGACCAGGAAUGGGGGCUCCCCUCACAUUGGGGAGCUUGCCCUUUACCUCCAGGGCUACUGUUGCCUGGAUAUCUGGGACCCCAGAUCAGGCUCUGGAGACGCUGCUACCUGAGGGGAAGGCCUGAGGUCCAGAUGGGCCUCUCAGCUCCCACAAUCUCUGGCCUCCAGGAUGAGCUUUUCCAUCUUCAGGAGCUAUUAAGGAAAUGGACACCAAGAAUAUCUCCUGAGGACCACUCCAAGAAAAGAAAUCCAAACACCAUUCUUUCCAAUCCCACUGAAAUUACUGGCAUUCUCAAAGGCAGGGCAGAGGGGGAUCUGGGAUGAGGGAGGGUUCUGUCUAAUUCUUCAAUUUUUCUUGUCUGGCCUUGCUGUCUCAAUUUUCACACUCCAGCCCUUGAAUAAGCUCACUUAGUAGACUUGAGUUUCCAUUUCAGACGGUGGUGCUCAUCUUCUCCAACUCUUGUCCUGUCUUUUUUGGUUCCCGAAGCUACUUUUGUUUCUUGUGAUUUGAAGAAUUAAGAAACAAAACCAAUCUAGAAUGUUACUGCCUCUUUUUUAAGGUCAAUUCCAUCCCUUUUGGAUAACCAGCUGUUAAACUGUAAGAUCAGAGGUUCUGUUCAUCAGUCCCAACAAGAUGACCUAGAGACUGCAUUCUCACCCCUUUAUGCUGCUUCUUUAAUUCCAAUUUCUAUUUCUUCCCUUAUAGUUUUCUAUGGCAAUGAGGUGAAUAUGGAGACACCCCGUCUCCCUCAACUCUGUAUUUUUUGUAGUGGAAUUUCUAUUUAAGGAGUUCAUUAAAGCACAGUAUUUAUACACAUUGCUGGAACUGUUUCCUGUGUUUGAAUAGAGGAUCUUAGCUAAGAGUGGUGGGUAGACA